UAAAGUAUGGGUUUAAAAUUCUCAUCGUCUCUCCUCCUCUUCAUCCUUGCGGCCGUCAUCCACCACCACCACCCGACGACGGCGCUUCCACUGUCCACCAACUCACGAUGGAUCGUCGACAACGGAAAUGGAGGAGAAAGAGUGAAGCUAUCGUGCGUGAAUUGGGUGAGCCACCUGGAUGCGGUGGUUGCAGAAGGUCUAAGCAAACAACCAGUGGAUGCGAUCUCGAACAAAAUCUCAGCGAUGGGAUUCAAUUGUGUGAGAUUAACAUAUCCACUGUUCUUGUUCACGAAUGAUAGCUUCGCUUCAGUUACAGUCCGGCAGUCGCUUCGAAAACUAGGUUUGAUAGAAUCAAUUGCCGGAUUUCAAUCAAACAAUCCCUCCAUUAUCGACCUUCCCCUUCUCCAGGCUUUCCAGGAAGUAGUUUCGAGCCUCGACAGGAACAACAUUAUGAUGAUAUUAGAUAAUCAAAUAAGCACUCCCGGAUGGUGUUGUAGCGACUUCGACGGCAACGGAUUCUUCGGCGAUCCGUACUUCAAUCCCGACGUUUGGCUCAAGGGUCUCACCAAAGUAGCCACCAUGUUCAACGGCUCGACCAACGUUGUCGGUAUGAGCUUGAGGAACGAGUUACGUGGGCCUAGACAAAACGUCAGCGUUUGGUACAGGUACAUGCAAAAAGGCGCGGAAGCGGUUCACGCAGCAAACCCUAACGUUCUAGUCAUCGUGUCCGGUCUAAGCUACGAUAAAGAUCUAUCGUUCCUUCAUACCCAACCGUUAACCUUAACAUUUAGCCAAAAACUGGUUUACGAAAUCCACUGGUACGGGUUUUCAAACAGUGAAGAUUGGGAAACAGGAAACCCGAACGACGUAUGCGGUCGGGUGGUCGAAAAUAUAACGGCUAAAUCGGGGUUCUUAUUGGACCAAGGUUACCCUUUGUUUGUAAGUGAAUGGGGUGUGGAUCAGAGGGGUACAAAUGAGAAUGACAACAGAUUCUUGAAUUGUUUCUUGGCAUGGGCAGCUGAAUAUGAUCUUGAUUGGGCUUUAUGGACACUUGCUGGAAGUUACUAUUUUAGGCAAGGUGUGGUUGGAAUGGAGGAGUUUUAUGGGGUGCUGAAUUGGGAUUGGUGUAAACCAAGGAAUUCAAGUUUCUUGGAGAAGAUAUCACCACUUCAAUCUCCUUUUCAAGGACCAGGAUUAUCAAAUACGCGCCCACAUAAAAUCAUCUUCCAUCCAUCAACCGGGCUAUGCGUUCAACGACAAUCGUUAUUCAAGCCGUUGACGUUGGGUCCAUGUUCCGAAGCAGAAGGUUGGGACUACACCCCAAGAAAGACGCUAACGAUCAAAGGUACAUACUAUUGCCUACAAGCAGAUGGAGUGGGAAAGAAAGCAAAAUUAGGCAUAAUAUGCACAGAUACUUCUUCAAAAUGGGAAGCCAUAUCAGCCUCUAAACUCCACCUUUCAUCCAAGAUCAACAAUGGCACAAGUGUUUGCCUGGAUAUAGACUCUGAAAACACCAUCGUCACAAAUACUUGUAAAUGCUUAACCAAUGAGAAGUGUGACCCUGCUAGCCAAUGGUUUAAAAUCAUCAAUGGCACAAUGGGGUCAGGUGCAGCGAAACCGUAUAUUCGGAUUGAUACGAUCCUGCAAUCAAUUGGAGCUUGAUUGCAGGAGCUAACUUAUUACGAUAGGAUUCUAUACGUAAAUAUUAUACAUUUGGAAAUUGUCAAUAAAAUUUAGUAACUUUAUUCA